UCAUAGGUAAUUCAACAAACUCAGAGACGAUGACACGCGAAAAUUUCAAAUAUAGCGAUAACCACAAAGGCCCUUUUAUAGCCUAUCUAGAUAAAAAAAAACUACGAAAGAAAGCGAUAGAGCACCAAUUAACGCAAUAAGAGUCAAAAAUUUAUUCAAGAACAUAAAGUAGAAGAUGUUAUCGACAUUGUGAAAAUCGGAUAUGGUAGAUGUAAAAUUACUUUCAAAAACGGCAAUGCAGCAAACAAUUUCAGUGAGCUAAUCAACGAUCAAUAUGAGGCGCGAAUUUUUGUUAAUUUUGUGUCGAAAAUAGGAAUAAUGUUUGAUGUUCCGACGGAUAUCUCAGAAGAAGAGCCACCAGAAGACAUAUCAUCGCCAGUCAAAAUCAUACGAAUAACGAGGGUAAUUAGGACAAAAGAUGGGAUAAAAUACUCAUCCCGUAGAGCUAAAAUAAUCUCUGAUGGGUUAGAAAUUCCUGCAAGUGAAGCCAUAUGUAGCAUUCGCACAAUGUUAUCCAUUCCAAUUCCAAUUCAACCACUUUGUUCAGCACUGCAAACAAAGAAAAUAUAUUUGAUCUAAGUGUGGAGAAUCACAUUACAACAAUGCUAAUUGCACAAUCGUAGUGUGUAAUAGUGAAGGAAACCACGAAGCCACCGACAAAGAAUGCCCAGCGAGAGUCAAAGCCUAUGCCAUCAAAAGCAUAACAACGCUAGAAAUCCUAACAAAACAGGAAUCAAGAAUAGAAUAUAAGAACAAUUUAUGAAACUGAUUUGAAAUACUUAACGAUAACACCACCCUGGACACAGAGCUCCCACAGAUACAAAAAAUAUGUAUAUAUAAAACAACAACGUACAGCAAUACAACAGAAGCAUUGAAACAUCUACAUCAGGAUAUUUUAUAAGCUAAAAUACCGAAAAUGAACAAGAGUAAGAAAAAAAAUGCACGACAAACAAUGAACGAGUGGAGAAAAACAACAGAGGAUAGGCCAACCUGCUCAAAUGCUAAAAUACUGACCUACCCAACCAGCUUGGAUAGAUUUAUACAAAAACAGGACGAUUGCACAAUGAAAAUAAAUGAAACUAUUAACAAUUGCUUUUGCGUUAGCACAACAGAUUAUAAUAAUGAUAAAGCCUCAUACGACGCAUUAGUAGCUAUUCAAAAUACAAAAAAGCAAAUGAAAGUCAAUAAAGACUUAUGGAAAAUUAACAAAAACACACAGCAACAUGACAUGAAAAAACAAGGAAACAAAGAACUAUUAGAAAUCUUUAUGCACAACAAUGACAUAGAUAUUUCUAUUUUAUCAGAAACCUGGCUAAAUAGCCACAAGGAAACAGGUCUCAAAAGCUACAACUGGAUACGGCAGAGUGGGAUUUUGCAUUAAAAAAUCCAUCAAAUUUUCAAUCUUUAAACUGGCAUCAAAUAUUGAGAACACAGGAAUCACAACACUUAAUUUAAAAAACAAUAUCGGUAUCAUCAGCGUAUACUGCCCACCCAACACAACAAGAACAGAGUUCAAAAACGAAAUGG